AUGUCAGAAAACCACGCUCUCGUCUUCGGCGCAACUGGCCUUGUCGGCUGGGCCGUCGUCAACCAACUCCUCUCGUCCUACCCUGCACCUCAAACUUUCGCUAGCGUGACAGCCGUGAGCAACCGCCCUGUCGACGCGUCGAGAACGUUCUGGCCUCGGGGCUCUGAGGUUCAGACCGUGUCCGGUGUCAAUCUCCAGAGCGAGGAUAUGACAGGACAAUUGAGGGAAAAGAUUGAUGGAGUUGAAAGGACUACGCAUGUCUUUUACUUUGUGUUUGCACCGCACGAUGAGAAUCACGAAGAGGAAUGCCGGAUUAACAGCUCCAUGAUGCGAAACCUGGCAUCUGCUCUCAACAGCCUCGCUCCUCAUCUCAAAUCAAUCGUCUACUCAGGCGGCACAAGAGGCUACGGCAUUUACAUCCCCGGGGGCAUCUUCACAGCACCGCUCAAAGAGUCCAUGGCCGAUACUCUACCCGCCGACUACGCAAAGACAGUCGCUUACCCUUGGUUCCGCAGCAUCCUGUCCGAGGCUUCAGCCGGACGCGAGUGGACGUGGUCAGAGGUUUGCCCCGAUGUCGUCGUGGGCUUCAGUCCCAUCGGGUCCAACUAUUCGCUCGCGCUGCAUUGGGCGCAGUACCUCUCUCUGUACGCGAAGAAUAAUCCAGGCGGGAAAUGUCCGUUCCCGGGAAGUGCGGAGGGGUAUCACGCGCGCUUCACGCCUGUAUCGUCGCGUAUUCUCGGCCGCAUCGCCAUUCACGCAGCACUCAAUUCGUCGUGCAGCGGCAAGAUCAUCAACAUGCUCGACGGUGCCGAACCCACUAGCUUUGCGGAAUUGUGGCCUUCAAUCGCAUCGUUCUUCGGCCUUGUCGGUGUUGCGCCCUCUGGUGAUACAAGUAUGCAGCCUCCCAGCGAGUACAUCGAGACUCAUCGACAUCUCCUCGGAGAAUACGGCAGGAAAUCGGGUGUAGGCGCGGGGAGCAAACAGCUCGACAGUGCAGGCUGGUGGUUAACGUUCGAUCGUCAAUUGAGUGCUGAGCGGCUGCGUGAGGUAGGAUUUGGAGAGGAGAAGGAUCCGGCGGAGGGAUGGAUUGAAGCAUUUGGCAAGUUUCGAGAAGCUGGUAUUAUUCUUUAA